AUGAAGCUGUCCACGACUACCACCCUCUUCGCUAGCCUAGCCUGCCUGGUGUCCGCCUCCGCCCCGCCAAAAGCCUCCGUACAAGCGAGCAUCGCCACCGCUGGCAAUCGUGCCAUGCUCGCUCUCGAUAACGCCAAAAAGGCUGUGUCCACGUUCACAGACAGAGUUCAAGCUACCACUAACUCACUUGAUAUCGACCCAGCUGUGAAAGAGGAGUUCAACACACGCUUCAUUAUCCUAAAUCGAGAACUCGAACAUUCGAUCUUCCGUGUGGAAGGUCUCGUUGAGCGGUUUGGUUCUAUCCACAUGAAAGACGACGGGGAGACACUGCGUCUCAACCAAGACGACAGUGAGUCACCGCGUAUCAACCAGGACACGCCUUCGCGUAAGCUUGCAAAGUCGCGUAAGCUUGCAAAGAUAGAGGAUCGAAUCGACGCUAUAUACGAUGAGUACUUCGAUUUUGACGACAUGCCCGAGGCUACUCAGACAGAGCUAAACGCGCUGUGGCGAGACUUCGUCGAGCAGACGAGCCAGAUUAGUAGUCCACCGCUGGGCUCUAACGAUGGCCGCAUCCACAUCUCUUCCAAGUCGCGUACUGAGGACAAGCCGGCCAAGUCCGAUGAAGUGUUGAGUCUACUCGGCAAGAUUAAGAAGCAAGUUUUCGACCGCACGUUUGUCUUCCGGGGUGGUGAUGUACUUUCGAAGGAUGAAUUAGCGCGAGUACAAAAGCGAGCUGAGGAACUUCGGAAGCAAUAUGUUGUAGUUCGCAAGCGAUACGAUGAUGGUUGGAAGCGAGCUAGGGAAGGUCGCAAGAAGACUGGGGAAGAUCGUAAGAGCAGACAGUUUGAGUUGUAG